AUGGAGGAAGUGAGCAGCGGGGCUCUCCAGACCCAGUACCCUGUCAAGACCGGAAUUACCCGUUGUGUGAUCUUCACUUACUUCCAGGGGGACAUUAGCAAAGAAGUGGAUGAGCACUUUUCCAGAGCCCUGGGGCUCAGUGUCAAUAGCCUGCAGAAACUGAGCCCCUCGAGCCAGCGCCAGGAAGACGUGAUCCUGACCAAAGAGUUGGAGUUGGCUCCAAACCAAUGGCGUUUCUCUUCUUCAUGGACCAAGCCCCACCCGGAAGCCAGCUUUGAGAAUGCAGGUGCCAGCUGCAGCUUGGAUGAAUUUGACCCCGCUCCAGUGGAUCCAUAUCCGAUAACCACCACCAGUAGCCCGUUGGCACAGCCUGACCAGCAGCCUGACCAGUUGUGGCAGCCCCCCGACCUUCCCUGCUCCAGCUCCUAUGAGCUCAGUUAUCCUUCUGCCUUCUCUGUCCCCGAGUCCCUGGUCCCUGACCCAGAGCCGCAGCCAGAAGAGAAAUAUGAGUCCCUCUUAAAUUUUCUCCAGCAGCAAGAGCGAUGCCUCACCCUUCCUCAGCAACAGGUCUCCUGGGAUGACGGCUUCUCGGCUGAACCGGCUGAAAGCUCAGAAUUGCUCUUUAACUUGCCUCCUGACUCCAGCUCUUCUCAGUAUAAGAAGAUCUAUUUCUCCCCAGUUUGCGGACCUGUAUCUACUGACUAUGCAGAUGAAAAAUUUCUUUUACCAGGGACAAGAGAGAGAGCCAGAUGCCAGAGACGAACACGGAUUUCUUCUUUUAUUAAACUUCGCUUUGAAGAAGUGGAUUUCUAUAUUCCUGCCCUGCUCAUGAUUUUUGACUGUGAAUCUGAUAGGUCCAGAGAUCUCAUCAUGCUUUUGUGUUUCUGUCCCCAAAGUCCUUAUGUUGUGUCCUUGAGCUUGCUCUUUGUGCCAGUGAUAACUGUGAAAUCUGCUGUCAGUAUUUCCCCAUCCUCACCUCCCCUCUUGUAG